ACCCAUACUCUAAGGAUGAUAGAGAAGAAUUUAAAAAAUGUGAUCAUGAAUGUGCUGAUGAAAAGCAUCAUAAAGUUGACGAGUUUUCUGGAAAAGAGCCUGCAAAAUCUUACUGUACACAAGAAAUUUUUCAUCCUCCUUUAAGUUCAAGUUCUAAACCUCCAGGUGGUUUUUUAUGUGAAAAUCCAACUACUAAUGUUGGUAAUUUUCAUAUUGUAUUUGUUGUGGAUCGUAGUGGUUCGAUGAUGUCAAGCGACUGUCGACCUCAAUGUAGUAAUAGUAAAAUAUCCCACUUAUGGAAUACACAUAAUAAUCGAUUAGGCGCAGUUUAUGAAGCAAUUUAUACAUUCAUAGAAACUAGAAAGAAUUCAAGAAAAGCAACACCUACGGGACAUAUGGCAGUUGACAAAGAUACAGCUUCUUUAAUUCUUUUUGAUUACAAUGCAAUAACUGCUUUUGAAAAUAGAAGCUUGUCAAAUCCGGAUGAGCUUUUAAAGAUAAUGUUAGGUUAUUGUCCACAAG